AUGAAGUUGGAGGUUCAGUUCUUCACGGAUAACUCCGCCAACUUUUUCCGACUCCGUAAAGCCCAACAAUAUGUUCUUGAUGAGAACGAUGACUCCAAGGAUAUCAUAUGGCCACCAAAAUCACUUGAUAUACCACAGUGGGAAUCGAAGGUUCUCCUUGGUAUUGCUAAGAACUUGGCUUUGUUAAAUGGCACUAUAUACCAUUUGAGUGGACGUCAUAAUCCAGCCGACGCCUUCUCUCGUGGUACACCUUUGACUACCCUCCCUCACGAAGAUGCUGGCCUGAAACUUGCGGUAGAAGUUUCUCGCCGCCGGGAAGGCUUACCGUAUGACGUGGACACAGAGCAUGUGGACACUAUUGGAAGUGAUCAAGUAAAGGAAGUGGUAGAUUUCUGUACGAUUGAGCUCUCCGAUAAUGAGACCCCUAUCAGUUUACGAGAGGCUAUUAUUUCUAUGCAAUAUGAGGAUUCUUCUCUCGGUAAACUACUAGAUUUUGAUAAGUACGGCCAUCCAGAGCCGAGAUUACUUCGUAAAUAUGCUGUUGUUAUUCCGAAAGAUGGCUCUCCGAAAUAUGUUAUUAAUGCUGUGACUGACGGUCUGGUUGUUCCAUAUUGUCGGCAGUUAGAUGUCGUUAAGGCUUUACAUCUUUUUUACGGUCAUCUCGGAAGCCAUAAAUUAUUCAAGUCUACUUGUAGUGAUUUCGAUUGCGGUUCUCUCAAGAAUUUUGUCCGUCAUCAACGAGAUUGUGAGGUCUGUCGUGUGCAAAGAGGCUACCGCACUCUGAGCCAUCGGUUGGGCAGAUCCUUAGUUAGAAAUGAGAGACCGUGGGAAGUGUUGGCUGUGGACCUUAUAGGCCCAUAUGUGCAACGCGAUAGAAUUUCAUAUGACCCUAAGGUAGAGUCGACAAUGUGUCUUAUUCUUGUCGAUUCCUACACUGGUUACCUCUGCCAUGCAGUGGUACAUGAUUAUGCCCCUGCAGUAGCAGUUGCGGCAAGUCUUGAUGCUGUUUGCCUAGACCAUCAGUACCCUAAGGCUAUUGUGUCCGAUGCGGAUUCUCGAUUCCGUUCGACUCAGGUGUCUUCAUGGUCGUUGAGCAUGGGAGUUAG